CUCUGCACUGCUCGCCUCUUCCACCUCCCCAAACAACACCCUCCCCACCUCACCAAGCGUGCGUGCUGCUGCUGCUGCGGUGGUUUGGCUGCUUCCUCCUCCUCCUCCUCCUUGUCAUCUUCUCCCUUUGCUUGCCUGUGUUGCUUGGCGUGGCUGAGCUGAGCUGAGAGCACGGGUAGGGCUUGCUUCCUCGCUUGGGCACCCGGAGUGUCACUGUCUGUCUCUGCGUUUCUUCUUUCCUCUGUCUCGCUUGGUCCUUUUGGCCUUUUGCUUUCCCAGCCUCUUCCCUUCCUCAAUAGUGAUGGAGGAGCUGCGGCGGGUUCGUUCCUGAAGGCCUCUCCUCCCAUCUUGUCACCGCCGGUGUGCCGGAAUCCAAAUCCACCUAGAGUUUUUCCCUCUCUUGUUCCCGGAGUAUUUUUCGGGUCCCCUAGCUUUCCCUUCUGUUGUGUUCAGGUGGUGUCCCCUUUCUUCUUACUCUUAAUUAGCCGCCAUUAGCUUCUCAGAGUUUUUGUCUUUAGGGUUAAAUAGGAGUUGCUAGUUCACAAGCAGUUGUUAGGUUACUCUGAAUUGGGACGAUUUCGGAUGCUUUUGGACGCCAUGAUGAUGGAGGCCAGGAAGGGGUUAAUGGAGAGGGACCAGUUCCCCGCCGGCAUGCGGGUCCUCGCCGUCGACGAUGACCCCGUGUGCCUCAAGGUUCUGGAGGUCCUCCUACGCCGCUGCCAGUAUCAUGUGACAACCACCAACCAGGCUGCUACUGCACUGAGGCUGUUAAGGGAGAACAAGGACAUGUUUGAUCUGGUCAUCAGUGACGUCCACAUGCCCGACAUGGACGGCUUCAAGCUCCUCGAGCUCGUGGGGCUCGAAAUGGAUCUCCCUGUCAUCAUGUUAUCGGUGAACGGAGAGACAAAAACUGUACUGAAGGGGAUAACUCAUGGUGCCUGUGACUAUCUCCUAAAACCCGUUCGCAUCGAAGAGCUCCGGAACGUGUGGCAGCACGUUGUGAGGAGAAAAUUCUGCAACCGUGAGCCGAACAAUCUUGAUUUCUGCAAAGAGAUCAGUUGGGACUCGUACCACCGGCUCGGCCAGGCGACCUGUGACAGGUCGUCUGACCAAAGCAACAGGGCCAGCAAGAAGAGGAAGGAGCCGCACUGCGAGGAGGAAGAUGAAGGCGAGGACAACGACGAUGCCUCGGCGGCGUCGAAAAAGCCGAGGGUGGUGUGGUCAGUGGAGCUGCACCGGAAGUUCGUAGCUGCCGUCAACCAGCUCGGGAUCGACAAGGCUGUACCUAAAAGAAUACUCGAGCUUAUGAACGUGGAGAAGCUCACCAGGGAAAAUGUUGCGAGUCAUCUGCAGAAGUACAGGCUAUACCUCAGACGGCUAAGUGCUGUGGCAUCACAACAAGCCAGCAUUGCUGCUGCUUUUGGAGGCAGAGACCCCUUCUUGCACAUGGGAGCAUUUGAAGGACUUCAUAGUUAUCAUCAACCCUUUGGCCCUUCUGCUGCUCCUCCAUCUUUCAAUCCGCAUGGACUGCUGAGUGGUGCUGGUGCAACAACAUUUGGGCUUCAGGACCUUGCUUCUCCCAAGGGAAUUCACUGUGCUGGCAACAAUGGCGAAGUAAGCUUACAAGGCAAUAAACACGCAGACUUGACGCAAGGCUUGACCGCAUCAUCAUUUGGGCAGCCCCGGCUCCAGCAGGAGUGGAUUCAUCAAGAAACCAAUGAUCUGUGCUCUGUCUUUUCUGGGGGUGCUCUGGCCAACACUAUGCGUGGCACAUUCCAGAGAAUUACAAGCAGUUCACUGCCACCAGAAGAUCUUUUGGAGUGCACUCCACAUAUCAAAGUUGGAGCCCAUCCAUCAGUAGGAAUACAAAAUGCAAGUUCAGGAUUGCUUGAAAGGUCUCAGCAGGGUGCUCUUCCAGUUGGUGAUGGAUUUUCUGUCGACAAGUUACCGUUGCACAUCUCGUUCGAUGGUGCUAUCGCGACAAAGCUGGAUGCUAGCUUUGUCACUGAAGAACAAGGGAUGGACCAAAAGGGGAUAUUUUCAGAAAGAAUGACUGUUGGUGUUUGCCCUUCUGAGAGCCUCAUAGCAGCCAGCAGCGGCAGAUGUGGAGCUAGUUCUUCUGGUAGUACAAGGCUGCUCCCUCCUCAUGAUACCGACAGACAUUCGAAAUACCUCCAGUUUGGAGUUGCAAGCAACUCUAGACAUAGAAUGGAUGGUGGAAUGAGACAAGACCAAAGACUGAACAAUGGUGAUUUUAGCUACGAUGGUGGUGCCAUUGUGCCUGAACAGACUGAUGUGUAUGAUUUGGGAAUUUCAAAGCUGCAGGGUCAGGGUGCGUUAAAUUCUAGCAGCUGCAACUUUGAUGGCCUUCUCAAUUCCAUAGUAAAAGUGGAGAACCGACAUGUCAUGACGAUACUCCCCCUCUAGCAACCUCCACAGACCUGGGCAAGCCAUAUCCGACCUGCCAAGAGAGCCUAGCCUACGGGGGAUGCCUCAGGAGGAUAGAUGAUCGCCUUCGGAGCCAACGACCAGACCAUAUAUCUGAACGGAGCCGUCGUGCCUAGUGUGAAAGCCCGCGGAAGGAAGAAGGGUGGACACGAUCCGGGCCGGCCGGUCCCGGUCCGAGCCAUCGUUUGGAUCGGCCGGCUGCGGUCCGAACCAGACCGGACCGAGAUCAUGAAGGUCCUGAUUUCAGGGACUGGACCGGCGGCGGCCAAGCCCGGGCCGGACCGAGCGGACCGGCCAACGACCAUCGGCGAGGUGUGCGACGUGCGCGGGUGCUGUAGCAAGAUGGGCGACAUGCGAGAGAGCCGGCGGCAAGGUGGGACUCGGCGAUGUGUGCGCGUUUGUUAUCCAUGAUGAGCCUGCACAUAUGUUCAUUAGCAGUUUUUCGUAUUGCAUGCAAGUAAUGUAGAGCGUGUAUGAGGCCACGAUUUUCUGUUUGCGGGCCUUGCCGGGAUUAGAGGAUCAAACCUGGCGUGGAGUUCUUCCUCAAAUGGCGCCAUGAUUUUCGGAUCAAACCGUGUUUUCCUCCUAUAUUUGGUUUCCUGCUCGACUGAAUAAAAGAAAACUGCAACGUGGGGUGAUGGCCCAUGAUUA